AUGGCUAAGAAACCGACUCAAGAUGAGCUGUCCGCAAUGAUUGACAAGGUAGAAUCGGAAGGCGACGAACAUGAGAUCCACGUCGUUUUCCAGGGAAUGGGCUCUCUUCUGAACGCAAAAGACAUUGAUAAACGGAAGAAGUCGGGGGAGCUCCCGGACAAUUUCAAAGUGGAAGAGGGAUUCGGAGUGUACCGUAUCGAAGUGGGCGGCAACGAAUACCUUUGCGUCACGAACAUUCUCUGCGAAAAGUGCCAGAGAGUGAACGGAAAGUGAAAGGUGCGAGGCGCACAAGAAGAAGAGAAAGGUGCGUCGUGCGAAGAAGAACGGGAAGGACGAGGAUGUGCAGGACGACGCUUCGGACAGAGAGUGAGUUGGCUGGAGGGGGAAUAGUCCAAUCGAAUUGGUUGCAGUAAACUCGGACCUCUUCGCCACGUGGAUGAUGACGAGGACGAGGAUGACAAAGUGGAAGGAGCUUUCACUCCGGACGCCGUGCUCACUCCGGGAAUCGGAGGAGCCAUCAUCUUGGUGCCAGUCGAUGCGAAGAACAACGAAAAGGCGGGACCGCCAGCAAGAAUAUGAACCAUGUGAAGGGAAUUCUCGUGCGCGGCGCUGGAAACAUCCCGCAGUUCAUUCCGAAUGACCGUCUCACGAAAGCGCACAAACUCCGUUUCGACAAUUACAUUGAAGGAGAACUCAUUAUCCAAAAUGGAAAGGAGGUAUUUGUGCCGAACGCUUUGGGUGCCGCCAAGAUGGACGAAAAGACCGUGACGACAGUUGCGAAGGCUGCAGUCGCCGACAAAGUCGAUCAGAAGAUGGUGGAUGCGAUCGGAAAAGACAGUGAGUGCAAGGAUGGGGAAUGUAGAAAAAAGAAGGAGGAUUGCAGUGGUUGUGGCAGUGCAAGUGGACGUGGCGGACAACGGAAUGGUGGUGAUGAAGGUGCUGGAUGAGAAGCCGAAGGACAAGGAGACGCCCGUCGGAAUCAUCGUACGCACCAACGACCAAGCACAGUUCGUGCAAAUUGCUGGGCGUGAACUGGGCGGAGGCAAAGACGCGAAACUGAUGCCCUGCGCCAUCCCAGACAACGCGAAGACUGGCGAUGUCAUCGCGGACAUUUUCGUGAAUGCGGAAGGGAAGGCAGUCGCCGCGAAGCCAGGGGAGGUUCCCAAAGGGGCCGAACAGCUCGGACAAGUGGUCGUCGGACAAAACGAUCAGCUGGUGUUCGUUCCGCAGGGACAGAACAAGGACGACUACAUCAAGAAGUGCGCGACGAUGACUCCGGCGAUGAAGGAGACGCUGGAGCAGGCGCAGUGCAAAGUGCAGGCGGCGGUCACCGGGCAGUCGACCGACCACAUUGCGAAUCAAGUCAACAGAAUCGGAACGACCGAUCCGGUGCAACCUGCGGGUGGACCAGGAGCGGGUGGACCGACGGCUGCACCCGGAAGUUCCGGAGAAGUUCGUUCCGUCGGCUUUGGAGCUCAGCAGUUCGGAGGCAGUCAGUUCGCGAGACCGUCUCCAGGAGGAGGAGGUGGUGGAGCGGUUGGCGGAGGAAAAGCUGGAUCUGGGGGAGGCGGAUAUGCGGGCGGAGCAGCAGCUGGAAGCGGAGAAGUUCGUUCGGUGGCUUUCGGAGGCAACCAGUACGGAGGAAGCGUCUACGCGAAGGGUGCAUCUGGCGGAGGAUAUGCUGCUGGAUCCGGCGGAGGUGGAGGUGGAGGUGGAGGAGGAUAUGCGGGCGGAGCAGCAGCUGGAAGCGGAGAAGUUCGUUCGGUGGCGUUCGGAGGCAACCAAUACGGAGGAAGCGUCUUCGCGAAGGGUGCAUCUGGCGGAGGAUAUGCUGGAGGAGCCGCGGCGAAAGGUGGUGCAGCCGGAGGAAAGAGCAGCGGAGCAUACGCGGCUUCCGGUGGAGCUGGUGAAGUUCGAUCGGUGGGGUUCGGAACCAACUACGGAGGGAGUGUCUUUGCGAAGCCAGGUAAUCGAAUUCAUAUCUGCCAUUAUCACCAACUCUUCUUGUUUCAGGCGGAGGGGGAAGCGUUCCCGCCUUGCCUGCCAAGCAAGCAUCGAAGACUUCGGUUGCCAAGGGAAACUACGGAUCGGGCACUGAGCCGAAGUCGGUCGGAUUUGGAGUUCCGUACGGUGGCAGUGUGUACAUGAAGAAGUGA